CUUCCCCUUUCUUUCUUUUGCCGGUGCUUAGCAACCUUAGCUAUCUUCUCCUCUCUUUUUUUUUUUUUUUUUCAGUUCUUACAUAUCUUCCUAAAAUUAUUUGUCCUCUUUCUUUCGUCGCUUGAAAAGAAGUCGCUUGAAAAGAAGGCAAGGACAUCUCAUAUCGCAGAUUUGCUUAUUAGAUCAUAAUGGCACCUAAACGAUCAGAAGAUUAUGGUUGGCAACAUGGACAAAUGAUUGAUACGAAUAGGUUUCAUUGGAAGUGCAAUUAUUGUAAUAUGGUCGGAAUGGGCGGAGGUGUCACUCGCCUAAAGAAACAUAUUGCUGGGGGUUUUUCUGAAGUAUCAAACUGCCCUAAAGUCCCUCAGGAAAUAAGACAUGCAAUGAAAAUUGAGUUAGAAUCUUCAAAAUUAGCAAAAAAGAAAGUAAGAGAUGAUCGAGAUGAACUAGAUAAACGAGCGGCAGAAUAUCCCCCUAUUGACCCAUAUGAAGGUAUAGGUGAUGAAUUAGAUGCUGAUACUAGAGCUGCCAUGGAAGCAUCUGCACAAGAAAGAUGGCAGCAAGAUGAAGUCCAACGACAUAGAGCACAAUUUGGACGGUCUCAGUUUGAUGCCGGUGGUGGGUCUGGGUCUGGGUCUGCACAAUCUGGUUUAGCUCGCAGUGGUUCUGUUAGCCGUUUGUUCGACAGAUUUAAAAAAGGACCAAAAGAAAAAAGUGGAAGACAUCCAAAUAUUAUAGAUAUAGACCCAAUGGCCAUUCCACACUCAGAUGCUCAACAGCAACGUAUAGAUACAAUGUUAAAAAAAGAUAAAAAAGGUAGAAUUGGUAGAGCUAUAGCAAAGUUUUUUCACUUUAGUCAUAUUCCUUCCCAUGCAGCAAGUACUCCAUAUUAUAGAUCAAUGAUUGCUACCAUACAAAAAGAGGGUCAAGGAGUUGAACCUCCAACACCGUAUGAGCUCUCUAACAAAUAUCUUGACGCCGAGGUCAAUGAUAUUCAUGAAUGGGUAAAAAACUUAAAACAACUGUGGGAGAUGUAUGGUGUGACAUUGAUGUGUGAUAGUUGGACAGGACCAACAAAAAUGAGCAUUAUAAAUUUUUUAAUUUAUUGUAAUGGCAAGGUGAUAUUUCACAAAUCAAUCGAUGCAACCGGUCGAUUUGAAGAUGCUGACUAUAUAUAUGCAUUAUUGGAACAAGUUUUACGUGAGGUUGGUGAGAAAUGUGUGGUACAAGUUAUAUCGGACAAUGGUGCAAAUUUUAAGAAAGCUGGCAAACUAUUAAUGCAAAGGCAUCCCCAUUUAUUUUGGACUCCUUGUGCAGCGCAUUGCAUCAACCUAAUGAUGUCUGACUUUGGUGAGAUAAAUCGGGUGAAAAAAACUGUACAUACUGCACAACGUAUAUCUAAGUACUUGUAUAAUCAUCUUUGGGUCCAUGCUUUAAUGGUGAAAUUCACAGGACGAGAACUCGUACGUCCUGGUAUUACACGAUUUGCAACAAAUUUUAUUGCUCUAAACAGUAUCCUUCAAAAUAAAAAUGGAUUAAAGUCCAUGUUUGCAUCAGAUGAAUGGCAAACAUCUCGUUAUGCCUCCACGGCUGAUGGAAAAUCGAUUGAGCAAAUAAUUAUGUCUACCAAGUUUUGGGAUUAUGUGAAAGAGAUUGUUGAUAUUGUGGAGCCGCUAUAUGUGGUCCUCCGUUUAGUGGAUCAGGAAAAAAUACCUCAAAUGGGACAUGUUUAUUAUAAACUGAGGAUGGCUAAAGAUAAUAUUAAAAAAAAUAAUCCACUACGGUGCCAAUCUUUUCUAAAAAUUAUUGACAGACGUUGGGACGUCCAGAUGAGCCGGGAUCUACACUUAGCAGGUUAUUAUCUUAAUCCGUCAUACCAUCAUCGUUAUAAUCUUGGAUUUGAUGAUGAACUGUUGAAGGCAUUACGAAACGUUAUCAAUAGAUUGGAGAGGGAUCCAACACAUGCUGCUCUUGCCAUAAGUGAGGGAAAAAUAUUUCGUGAAUCCUCUGGAACUUUUGGUGAAGCGGGUGCAAUUAACGGAAGACACAAUACCGAUCCCACUGAGUGGUGGCUACAAUAUGGUGGAUCGGCAAAGCACUUAAAAAAGAUUGCUGUGCGUGUCUUAUCACAAACAACAACGUCUAGUGGAUGUGAACGCAACUGGAGCACGUUCGCACUUAUACAUACCAAAGUGCGUAACCGAUUAGCGUACGCUCGAUUAGAGAAGCUAGUUUAUGUCCACUAUAAUAUGAGGCUCCGUUUAAGAUGCAUGCAAGAGGAGUAUGAUAAGGAAAAGGUAUUAAAAACUUAUGAUCCCUUGGAUGCAAGUUUUAUCAAUGAUGAAUCAGACCCCGUACUUGAUUGGCUACAAGAUAGAGACAAUCAAGAAGACCCAUUACUCGAUGAGCCUGGAGAUCCACCACGACCAUUCAGAAUAAUUGCUGAUGAAGCAGGAAUUAGUGAUGCUGAAAGAUGGGCUGACGAGAACAUAGGAAGCUCUCAAGGUAAUGUGCAAGAACAAGCGGCUUUGGACGAAGAAUCCCAAAAUCCUGCACGUGACUCUGAUGCGGAAUUCGAACGUCUUAUGCAAGGACCUGGAUAUGGUCGUUCACGUCGUACUCAGAGUCAAUCUGGAAAGGAGAAAACGUCUUAUACUGCAAAAAGGCCUUCAACGACAGUCCGAAGUGGUAAGAGUAAAAAAAGUAUGACAUCGAUGGAUCCAUUAGAUGCAGCUGAUGCACUCCCACAAGAUAAUGAUAGUGAUACAUCGACACCAGCAGAUUCUGGAUUACCACAGUCUAAAGAUGAAUGUAGUGAUGAUGAUGAUACCACUAAUAGCAGUGAGGAUGGUGGCGACUUCAUUCCACCAACACAACAGGAGAGUGGAGGUGGUGGUGGCCUUAUAUUUACUGAAGAGCAAAACUUCACACAUGCCACUCAAGAUGCUGAUCAUGGGUCUCGACCACGUCAAACAUCCGGAAUGGUAUAUGACCGUCGAAAAGGUAGGAGGUCCUCACAACAAGAUUAUGGGGAGAUGAGAGAAGGUUUGGAGGCAAUAUCAACUAGACCUCCACGAAGGGAUGAUACUUUGCAAACACAGUUUGAUAGUACUUCAAUAUCAUCGCAUCCCUCAUAUCGACAUGGUCUAUAUGGAGAGAUAUUUGAUUAUGAUUCAUCAAUUUAUGGCACUCAGAGUGAAUCCCAAUCCAUCCCUGGACAUAGUGAAAGCUCAUACGGCGAAUCUACAUCCACUCAUGCAUAUCCACAUUAUGGUUCUUCUUUUCCAUACAAUCCAUAUCCUUAUGAUGCUUCAGUUUAUAUGCCGCAGAUGACUGUUGUCCAUUAUAUCCACGAUCCAGUUGCAUAUGCAAAUUAUCUCCGACAAUACAAUGACCUAUAUCGGGAAUAUAUGACUUUCUCACAAUACCAGCAAUACUUAUAUCAACAUUGUCAUAUAAAUCUUGUAUCUGCAACUGACAGUAUGCCAUAUGAUCAAGCGCGACAAUCUAUGUGGAAUUAAGCAGUCAUCUCUAUGUAAAGAUGUAAAUUUAAAUAAUUAUUAUACUUGUGAAUUUUAUUAUUGUAUUUUAA